AUGGAAACCCUCGGUAAUGACGGCUCUGUUCUUGGAUCUUCUGAACGGACUGUUACCGACGUUCCUCCGGUGUCCGUCAGUAAUAGUCUUUCCUCGGCACAUCACUUCGUCUCCCUGAAAUUAACUUCCUGGAAUUAUUUAUUCUGGAGAACUCAGAUGCUACCGUUCCUCGAAGGUCAAGGGCUUCUUGGUUUUAUUGAUGGCACCGUGCCGUUUCCGGCGAUUGUCUCGGCGACCACCUCGACUACCGAAAGCUCCGGCGCGACGGCUACAGACCUCUCGGCACGGCAGGCUUCUUGGCGGCGACAAGACAAGGCCAUCCUUUCGAUGCUUAUCUCGUCCUUGUCCGAGGAGACUCUGCGUCUCGCUGUCGGUCGAAGCACAUCACGACAGCUAUGGCAGACCAUUGAGCAAACCCUAGGCUCAUCGACGCGGUCUCAGGCCCUACGACUGCUCGGCGAGCUACAAGCGCUACGGCAAGGUGAUUCUUCCAUCUCCGACUAUCUUGGCCGUGCGCAGAUGUUGGUUGAUGAGUUGGCUCUCGCGCGGUCGUCAGGUUGA